AAGAAAACAUAGCUAUCGACAAGAGAGGAGAGUGUUAGAAAUUAAGUAGUUAAUUCUAGCUAGAAUACUAGAAACAAUGGCAAGAGAGUUGAACGGGGUGGUUUUGCUGAUGAUGGCGGUUCUUAUGGUUGUGCUGGCUAUAGCACAAGUUCAUCCGCCGGUGCCGCCUCCAUUUCCACCACCUGCACUUCCACCAUCUCAUCAGAGUCACAUCAUAAAACACUUACUUUGCAGUGUUAAAUGUGCAGAGCAUUGCCGUGGACCUCCUCGUCGCUUAGCUAUAUGUAUGACUAAAUGUAUGAUCAAAUGCAUGGUGAAAACCCCAACCUCUGAAGUUGUUUCCAAUUGUACUCUCGACUGUGCAAAUUCUACCAUCUCCAGCAACUUUCCUGAUGAGAAACAAUUGGAAAGCCAUGAAGCCUUGGAACAAAUUGGGGACGCUGUAGGCUCUUGUUACGCGGACUGCAAUCAGAAGAUCAUCAAUUAAUUGUAUUUCGCAAUGCUUUUUAUUUUGAUUACACAGAAAUCACUAACGUUAAUGAAUUUUAAUGUUGUUUACAAUGGCCUUAAGAUCAAAUUAGCAUACAGGCCAAAAGUUUUAGUUUAUAUAGGAGAAAAUAAUUGUAACCCCUUAUAUUAUGAAAAAUCAAGUGAUUU